UUCGUGAAUAACAUGAAGUGGUCGAUGUUGUUGUUUACGCACUAAAAGACUCUUAUGGCAAGCCUUUUAAAUUCGUAUAGUACAACAGACUUGUCAUAAUAAGAGACGACGAGUGUUUUUGCAAGUAUCGAGAGGUAGACUGAAUCGCGAGAUCGUUGAGUGACUUCAUUUCGUUUUGCCAUUUCUUUCAAAAAAAAUGUGCAAGUAAUUGUUCGACCAAUCCUACAGGUGCUCGAUACCAUUUUCGUAAAGUGUCUUUUCCGAGUGAUUGCUGUUCGUUAGUUUGCUUUUUAUACAAUUUUUUGUAAAUAUGGAUGAAUCUUCGCAACCAGUACAAGCUCAAAUUACUCCUGACACGGAGAUUCGGAAGCUCCGACCCUCCGAAUUAAACAAAAUAGCUUGGCACUUGACGACCCUCGAUUCGUGGAAAAGACUUAUGCUCGAUUCAUCUUGCGAAGAGGAAAAUCUGUUUAAUCUGGAUCAAGUCAGAUGCAUUGAACAGGAAAGCAAAUUAAAACAAAUUUCAGCGGCUGAGAUUUUUCUGAAUGAAUGGGGCACAUGGGGGAAAAAGAGACCUACCUGUCAACAACUAAUGUCCAUGUGUAUUAAAAUGCAAAAUUAUCGAGCUGCUGAUUACCUUGCAGACAUACUUAAAACUAAUAAGCCUUCAAGGCCAGAAACAGGACCUGCAGCACCUGUUGAUAUGACUGAGUUUGAAGAGAAAUUGAAGUUAAUGAAGCUAAUAAAUGAUCAACAAAAGUUACCCACUUCACGUGUAGAAAAAUCACCUAAAAAUAAUAAUGAAAUCACAACGGAGCAAUCUCUUGCUAUAGUUAAAUCAAUAUUUAAUUUUCAACAGGCAACACCAAAGCCGAAAGGUCUCAAACUGCAAAAUAAACCAGAAGAAAAGAAACCUAGAAAUGUAAAACCAAAAGUUCAUGAGGUAUUUCCUGAACCAGAUGAUGAAGAGGUGGAAGGAAUCAAAUAUUUAUUGGAACAACCUAUACUCACUGAUCUUAUUAAAUUGAGUAACGUCAAUUUAGGCAAAGCUGAUAAUCUUCAAGGAAACAUGGUAAUGAUACCUUCUCUUGAUGAUUUUAUGAAAUUUUCCAAUCUACCAAUGAAUAUUCAUCAGAAUCUUAACAAUGAUUUCCCAAAACGGCCAGCUGUUGCUUCAAUCACUCCCAAAAAAGAAAUGUCAACUGCGGGUACCAACAUUCAGACUCCGUCUUCACCUGAAGAUGACUCAAGUAUUAUACGCUCAAUUAUAGAUAUUCUUGAAUUACCAGAAGAAGUUCUUAAUGAAGUGGAUACAAGGGACAUUCCAUUGUUUGUUCUUGAAGAAGCAAAGGAAGAACCAAAAGAUGUUGCAGGAGGAUCGCUUCAAGUUUUAACUCCUGAACAAAGAAAUGCUGCAAAAGAAUAUAAUGAAUUAUUUGAUCCUGAUGUUCCACUGUCACUAAUAGAAGAAAGAUGGCGAAGUGCCAACGUUGCCAGUGAAUCAUUAAUUCAAAAAACCAUAGAAAGACUCCAGGAUUGUAGAGAGGCUGUUAAAUCUGAACAAGAAAUGCUUUCUAUUCGAAAAGAACAUAAAAGAAAAAUUGCAGAAAAAAAUGCAUUAAAAAGUAAUGCAUUAAAAGAGAAUGAAAAAUUGAAACCAGAUAAUAAUUCACCCAGUCAAGAAGAAGAAAAGGAGUUGAGCGACAUUAAAGUUCGUACAAGAGGAAGACGUCUCAGAGAAGAGUUUUUCAAGUCACUUUUAUCAAAUAAAUCAACAAAUAAAAUGUCUAUGUUUAGCUAUGUUUCACCAGAUCUAAUAAAUCAAAUAUUAGAUAGUGUAGACAAUGAGACGAAAAAACUGAGCAUAAAUCAUGAAAAAAAUUUAAUAAAACAAGAUAAAAAGAAUCAAAAACAAGAAUUUUUCAAGUCACCAACACUUAAUGUAUCAAAAGACACAUGUAUAAAAAGUAAUAAUUUUUCACCAUUUAGUUAUAUUCCAUUAGAUGGCGAACAAAGAACAUUAGAUAAUAAUGAAAGAGAAAUGAAAGAACCAUCACAAAAAAGAAGUAGAGAAAACCAUUCACAUAGAACUAAUGGUUAUACCAGUCCCUCAUCAAGUCCAUCUACUGAUAGCCCUAAUGAAAUGUUUAUAUUGGAAAAAAUGCUAGCAAAAUCAAUAAGUUUUCAAAAAAAAAUGGCACAUGAAAAGCAAAUAAUGGCUGAGGCAUUAAAUUCACAUGGCUCAAAUGCAAGUUCUACUUCAGCACAAAGUCCUUCGCCACCUAGACAGAACUAUAAAGAAAAAAAUGCUGGCGAAUUUCCUUUAUGUGUUAUUGAUGAAGCAAAGGAAGUAUCAAUUUUCUCAGAUACAUUAAGUCCUAAUCCGCACCAUUAUCUUGCUACACAAAACAAAAAAGACAACAAAGACAUAAUAGACGAGAUCGAUGGAAUAUCUCUCAAAGAAUCUUCAAAAUCCAAAAACGUUGAAAGUAUAUCAGGGUUUAAAAUGAGUCCGGAUCCUGAUUUACUUCCUGAUUUAUCAGCUGAUACCCCUGACAUCUCUAGAGUCGAUAUUCCAAACAUAACUAUUCAAGGACCCACUUCUAGCGAAAGUGAGUUUCCUUUAUCUUCUGUGAGCUGUGAUGUGACCCACUCGCCUUCAAAGCAUUCAAAAGAAGUAGCAGAGACAAUACUUCAUAAUCAGAAUCAUAGUUCAGAAGAAAUUGACGAGGAAUUCCUUCCCGUUAUUAUUCAAAAUUUUAAUAAGAACAUUUUAAGAAAAUAAAAUUCACAUUAUAUUUUAAAUGCUUUU